UGCAGACUGUGGUAGUAGUGUAUGAGACACGGGGUGGCGGGUAGUGUCGCCCUAGAUGCAUGGGGAGGUUAUCGCGCGUGAUAUUGGCGAAAAAGCGAUGGCCACUCCAACAUCCGGGUCUCCUCACUAAGGUUCAUUGUCCCUACCCAACCCAGGUAUUCACAAAGUUAUCCCCUCGCCACCCCUAAGCAAGGUUCGUCACCUACCGCGAUAAAGUGUGAUCAAGCUGACGUCACUUUAGUGUUCUGCUGAGGGUGGGCUUCACGUGGGAAAGAAAAAUUCCGAUCCCCCCGUGAAGCCGUGCGCCACAGCACACAAAAUCUACCUCCCGACACUUUUCGGUGAGAUGAAAUCUCAGCACGGGCCAGGUGCAAGACCAACCUGAUUGGCCUACCGUUUGACGGAGAAGGCGGGGCCAAAGGCUCGACGCGUGAGAGCUGUGGCCCCAGAGAGAGAGAGAAAAAGAGGAUGAGAGAGAGAAAGCAGCGGCUUCAGACUGCUAGUGUAGAGCGGGGCUGAUGAUGGUGGCGGAAAGGCGACGGCUCGCCAGAUGAAGUUGCAUUCUGAUGCUACGGAGUGGGGUACGUGAGCGCGCGCGUGCGUGUGGUGUGUAGGGGGCUCCUGCCGCGUUCUGCUACCGAGGAGCCGCGCCGAUGAGGCUGAGUCGCUGAGGAGGAUAGCGACCACAGCAUCGCUGUUAUUAUUACACGGGCGCGGGUCAAGACAAGUGCUCGGAAAGUGACGGAGAGAAGGAAAAAGAGUUUUGGAGCCAACGCCAGGCUUGUCGUCAUCAGUCGAUGCCUCUGUAGAGGCGAGGAGUUUUAGUCACGUGUGCGACGACGGAAGCCUGUUGACCAGUGCGUGUUAUCGUUCGUUAAGAGUGUACUGCAAGUUAGGAGGCGCUGACGGUCAUCCCCAGGUGCCUAGGAACAGGAGGUGGUGAUAAGAGUGAACGUGGAAGUACAAGGCAGGUUCAUGCCUAGCAGUAUAGUGGAAAACAGCAGAACUGGAAAUAAAGGAUAAGGAACUACCUAUAUACUACGGAGCGUGGUCUCGCUGGACAUGACACCUGAUUAGCAGCGUGAAACUUGCAGGCAGAUUUCCGGUCGCCAUGGUGACGGUGCGUUCCCAAAUCAUGGUAGGGUGGUUCCCCUACAUCAAACGAAGCCCAUUAAAGUUGUUUUUAGCAAGAGCACUGAUCGUCGGCCUGAUUUGCUCCUGGAACCCUGCGGCUGCGGAUUUGGUGUAUACUGUCCCGGAGGAGUUGCCCCCUGGAAGUCAUAUAGGCUACCUAGCGGAGGACACGGACCUGCGGCAGUAUGUCAGCGCUGAGAACCUCCCUACCCUCCGAUACAGCUUCCUGGCUAGCGACUCGGACCACGUGGGUCUAUUCCGUCUGAACGAGGCCACAGGAGAGUUGCGCACGGCACCUCAAGGACGCUUGGAUCGCGAGGCCGUCUGCCCCUUCUUGACCCAGUGUUUGCUGAGCCUUCAGGUUGCUAUCCAAUCCACGCUGGACCAGUUCUUCAGGAAGGUAUCGGUGAACAUAAACGUCACUGACAUCAACGACAACUCGCCGGUAUUUCCGGCCCCUUCUACGUCUGUUGUUGUCUCCGAGUCCGUACAGGUUCCUUCCAGCUUCCCUCUUCCCUCCGCCCAAGACUUGGACACCGGGCCACACCAUUCGCUUGGCCGGCUAUCCAUCGUGCCGGAUAACGGGCCCUUCGCCGUCUCAUGGUCCCCGGACAACCCAGGUCCCAUGCUGGUGGUGAAGGAAGAGUUGGACAGGGAGCUUACUCCCCGGUACCAGGUGCAGGUUAUUGCCCGCGACGGUGGUCAGCCUCCCCGUACGGGUGCGCUGCUGGUGAACAUCACUGUGGGAGACGAGAACGAUAACGUACCGCGGUUCACGCUCAGCAGCUACUCCAUCACGGUCAACGAGGACGUCCCGCGCGGCCACGUUCUCCUCAAGAUGACCGCCACAGACGAGGACUCCGGCCCCAACGGCCAGGUCCGGUAUCGUCUCAGCUCCCAGCAGUCCAGUGACGUCACCUCCAUGUUCUCCAUCGACGCCAUCACCGGCGAGCUCAGCGUCGUCGGCGACAUCGAGAACGGGCGGGAGGGGUACGAGCUGAUGGUGGAAGCUCGUGAUCUGGGAUCGCCUCCCUUCACCGCCUCAACCACCGUCUCCAUCACCGUCAGGGAUACCAUCAACAGCAAGCCGAAGCUAACCGUCAGCCUCCUCAGAGGUGAUGGGUUUUCUACCAUAUCCGAGUACGCCUCGCUUGGAGCUGUGGUGGCGCAUAUAGCGGUGCGGGAUCCGGAUGGUGGCAGGAAUGGGAUCGUGCAGUGCCGGAUGGAACCCCAGCCGUACUUCGAGCUUCAGGGCUUUGACAUCAAAGAGUACAAAGUCAUCGUGGCGAGACAGCUGGACAGAGAGACUGUUGCCGCCCACAAUGUCACGGUGGUGUGCACGGAUGCCGGGGUGCAGCCGCAGUCCGCAUCCACUCGUUUCGAAGUUCGUGUGACAGACGAGAACGACAACAGUCCGCGUUUCUCCAAGCGGCAGUUUCGGGUGGAUCUACCCGAGAACAGCGUGCAAGGCCGCAGCUUGCUGACGGUGACCGCUUCAGAUGCUGACGCUGGCGACAACGGAAGGGUGCGCUACAGCCUGCACCCGGAUGCGCGAGGUCGUUUCGUCAUUGCCCCGGACUCCGGGGUCAUCGUCACGCACGACGACUUCGAUCAUGAGACAGAGCCAGAGGUCAACUUCACCGUCAUCGCCACCGACGGUGGCGACCCCCCUCGCAGCGACGCAGCCACCAUCACGGUCUCCAUCACCGAUGUCAACGACCAGCGACCAUCGUUCUCGCGGGACACCUUCUCCUUUUCCGUGUCGGAGGCCGCGCUGCGGGGCGCCAUCGUUGGCCGUGUAACGGCCAGCGACUUCGAGCAGGGUCUGAACGGGCAGGUGGACAUCAGUCCAGACAUCCCAUCCAUCGCGCGUACGCCCUUCACCGUACUGCCUAACGGCUCCGUGGUGCUAACCGGUCCGCUGGACCAUGAGUUCGUGACCUUCUACGUUUUCAACGUGACGGCCCGCGCGGGCAUGCCGCCGCUCAACGACACGGCGCAGGUGCAGAUCUCCGUCAUCGACGAGAACGACAAUCGCCCUCGUGUGACUUAUCCUAACGGCUCGGACCUGGUGGUGUACGUCUCCAUGGAUGACGACAUUGCACGACCGGUAGCCAUGGUGCAGGCGGAAGAUGCGGACAGCGGCCUGAACGGUCAGCUGCAGUUUAUCGUCACGGCGCGCAACGACAGUGGACGGUUUGACGUCGACGCCAAUAGCGGCGAGGUCUUUAUCACGCGGGCUCUGGGAUCUGGUGACAUCAACACCUACCGCCUGCAGGUGCUGGUGCAGGACUCUGGGUCACCUCCCUUGCCAGCCGUGCGCCCUCUCACAAUUUGGGUGCAUGCCGGGAAUGGAACUGGGGGUCAGUCCGGCGCACAGGUGGGUGACCAUUACCUUCUCAUCACCCUAGCCAUUGUCUGCAUAACCAUCAUCCUCAGCGCCGUAAUUGUGCUCAUCAUCGUGGUGAUGCGCCGCAUGGACCGGAGGCACAAAGGGCGGGUGGCCCCUAUGCAUAUUCAUAACACGCGCGUGCUGGGGUCAUACGCGGACACGGUCAAGGCCGACAACAUGCACAAUGAAUGUGUGGAUGGGAUCCACGAAAAAGAGUGGGGAGGAGGAGGCUUCGAAACAUUUCGGGAAAGGCCUUAGUGAAGAGGACGCAGACUUUGGAUUCUCGCCGCUAGGGGGCAGUAGCAUGGAAGGUGGAGGACCGGGCGAGAGCAACAAGCUCAGCAUGUCGUCUGACAACUUAUCGAAUCAACAACCAGUGGAGGACGCGCCAGGGCCUCCGGCUUCCCAGCUUCCGGUCACAGCGAGCCACGACAAUGAUCUCGAUCUGGAAGCCUUGCAAAUUCACCAGAUGCUCCUUCAAUCGUAUCACGAAUCAAAUUCUGCGUCGACCACAGCCGCUUAGCAUCUCUACACGACCCAAGCUUUCUGUCAACCAUGCCGGGUUCGAGCCACCAUCUCUACGCCAACAGUCACAAUCCAGUCCGAAACGCCUACAGCUACAACCCCUCCAAAUCCAG